UGAAGUUAAAUUCUUCAUUACUUUGUACCAUCAUGGCAGAAAAUUCCACAACUAAUUACAAGAAAACUGUGGGAAUCAAUUCCCUGUAUAAAAAUCCAGAAGCUUACAACCAAGCUGUUCUCUUGAUGAAGGUUGGUAAGUUGCAAAACAAAUCAUUGGAUAUUCAUAUUAUAUACUUAUUGCAUUAUUUUCAGCUACAAAUAUGUACAAUCUGUGUAUGUGAAGAUCGUAAUUACCAUUUAUCAUUGUUAUUUCAGGAUGCUUGAAAUACCAUAUCCAUGUAGGAUUACCAAAUAUGAAGUAUUACAGGGAGUAAACACAGUUGUAGCAUGAAUUUAAAUCAGAAAAACUUCAUGACAUAGAAUUCCACAAUUAAUUACAAAUGGAAAAAUACAAGAAAAUUCUGACUCAUCCAGGGAAUCACUUUCCUAUUAAACAAAUUUCAAACACUUCAAAGGUC